UGAAGUAGAAACAAAGUAAUGAGAUUGGUUGCAUGUGACAUGAGUUUCAGUAAAAAAACAAGAACCCACGCCGCAGUUAUAGCACCGACUAGCUACUCACAAUAAACUAACACCCCAUUCUGAAUCUGCCAUUCAGCAUCAGCCAUCUCAUUCUCUGUACCUCUUUACAUUUCAGUUACUAAACACUGGAAACAAAGGAAAAGUAAAAAAACACCAGUCCCUCUAUAAAAAAAAAAAAAAAGGAAAGAGAAAGAGAAGACGCUAACUAAUUUUUUAUGUAAAAAUUCACCAACUGCAACUCAUCAUCUCCAUAUUGCUUUAUGCUGGAAAAACGGAACAAAGUCAAUUUUAAAAGUUUUUCGCUCACACCCACUUGAGAAAAAAGAUUCUUGAUCCCUUUGCCCAGAAAAAUACCAGUUUGAAGAACAUUUUUUUUUUCCCCUCUUUUUGGAAAUAAUAGUCUUGUAAAGCAUGCCAAAUUGGGAGCUGAAGCAUUGUUGCAAGCAUGAGCAAGUCGUUUUUCUCGCCACUCUCGGCGUUUGUGCUGUCGUCAUUCUUGCCCUAUGGAGGACGGUGCUAUUACUACCUUUCAAGCUUGUGACCGUGUUUAUUCAUGAAGCUAGUCACGCUAUAGCUUGCAAACUUACUUGUGGCCAUGUUGAGGGGAUACAGGUUCAUGCUGAUGAAGGUGGCACUACACAAACACGUGGCGGUGUAUAUUGGUUCAUCUUGCCAGCUGGAUAUCUUGGUUCAGCAUUCUGGGGAAUGGUUUUAGUGCUUGCAUCCACCAAGCUCCUUACAGCAAGAAUUGCCGCAGGAUGUUUAGUGGUCACUCUAAUUAUUGUUCUUUUUGUGGCUAAAAAUUGGACACUCCGGGGCCUUUGUAUUGGAUUUAUUGUCUUCCUUGCUAUUGUAUGGAUUCUGCAAGAAACAACAAAGAUUAAAAUUCUGCGGUACAUCAUUCUUUUCAUUGGUGUAAUGAACAGCUUAUUUUCUGUGUAUGAUAUAUACGAUGAUCUGAUAUCACGAAGAGUUAACCACAGUGAUGCUGAGAAAUUUGCUGAAGUGUGUCCCUGUCCUUGUACUGGUGUUGGCUGGGGAGUGAUCUGGGGACUCAUUUCUUUCUUGUUUCUCUGUGGAGCCACAUAUCUUGGUUUGGUGAUCUUGUCUUGAGGUACACCUUGUUAGUUCAUUACAGGUAGUUCAAAUUGAACCUGCCUUUUUUCUGUCUGUGAAGCUGGAUACUUAUCACAACUCACAAAACAAGGGACUUCCAUUUAUACAACUUUCAAGAUCAUUCUUUUAGCCUUAUCUUCAGUGGCUUCUUACCAGUUAUGGAACUAUGAAUUAUUAUAGUGCAUUUGCCAAAUCAUUUAUGGAGGAGGAGAAUCAGAGAAACUGGAGCAUCUAUUUUUCCUUCUCAUAUACCAAAGGAUCUAAAAUAUCAUAUAUUUCCUCAUGAUUCGUCUGUCUUUAACACUUUGCUGUUGUAUAUAUCCGUUUCAAAUAGUUUCUUGAUGGAAUUAAUAGCUUUCUAGUUUUGGAUAUUUUUGUAACUUUAAAUUUGUCAAAGUGACAAUAAAAUCAUUCCUAUCGGUGCCUUCAUCUUCA